AUUCGGUUUCGUUCUUUGUUUUACAGCCGAAUUGAAUCCCUCUCUUCUCUUCUUCUCUUCAAAAAGAAUUUCGUAUAUAAAUUCUCACAAUCACAGCGAAGAGGAAGAGAGAGAGAGAGAGAAAAGACUAGGCCUUUGCACCAAUCAGAGGCAGCCAUAGCCAAAAACCUCAAAACCCUCUCUUUCUAUCUAUCUGUCUAUAUAUCCCUAUAUCUCUAUCUCUCUUCCUUAUUCGUCUUUGUUCGCCGCCAUAUCCAUUGUUCGAGAUGGCACAACCCGACUCGAAUCAGCUCCAACAAGCCCAACUGGCGGCGAUUCUCGGCCCCGACCCAGCCCCUUUCGAAACCCUGAUCUCUCAUCUCAUGUCCUCCUCCAACGAGCAGCGUUCGCAGGCUGAGCUUCUCUUCAAUCUCUGUAAGCAGACCGAUCCCGAUUCUCUCUCUCUCAAGCUCGCUCACCUUCUCCAGUUCUCUCCUCACCCCGAGGGUCGGGCCAUGUCUGCUAUUCUCCUCCGUAAGCAACUCACCAGGGACGAUUCUUAUCUCUGGCCCAGACUCACCCCCGCGACUCAGUCCUCUCUUAAGUCUAUUCUGUUGUCUUGUAUUCAGCGCGAGGAGGCGAAGUCGAUUUCGAAGAAGCUUUGUGAUACCGUCUCGGAGCUUGCUUCUGGGAUUUUGCCUGAUAAUGGGUGGCCUGAGCUUUUGCCGUUUAUGUUUCAAUGCGUUUCGUCUGACUCCGCUAAGCUUCAGGAGUCGGCGUUUUUGAUCUUUGCUCAGUUGUCUCAGUACAUAGGGGAUUCGCUUGUUCCUCAUAUCAAGGAAUUGCAUGCUGUUUUCUUGCACUGUUUGAAUUCUUCGUCGAGUUCUGAUGUGAAGAUCGCUGCUUUGAAUGCUGUGAUUAAUUUCAUUCAGUGUUUGUCGAAUUCCGGUGACCGUGAUAGGUUUCAGGACUUGUUGCCUGCCAUGAUGAGGACUUUGACGGAGGCUUUGAAUAACGGGAAUGAGGCCACGGCUCAGGAGGCUCUAGAAUUGUUGAUUGAAUUGGCUGGAACCGAGCCCAGGUUCUUGAGGAGGCAGAUUACCGAUGUGGUUGGGUCCAUGUUGCAGAUUGCUGAGGCUGAGUCUUUGGAGGAAGGGACUAGGCAUUUGGCUAUUGAAUUCGUCAUUACUUUGGCGGAGGCUAGGGAGAGGGCACCUGGGAUGAUGAGGAAAUUGCCUCAGUUCAUUAGCAGAUUGUUUGCCAUUCUGAUGAGGAUGCUUUUGGAUAUUGAGGAUGACCCGGCUUGGCAUAGCGCUGAGACCGAGGAUGAGGAUGCUGGUGAAACCAGUAAUUACAGUGUUGGGCAGGAGUGUUUGGAUCGGCUUUCGAUUUCCUUGGGUGGAAACACAAUUGUCCCUGUUGCUUCUGAGCAGUUGUCUGCUUAUUUGGCUGCUCCUGAGUGGCAGAAUCACCAUGCUGCUUUGAUUGCUCUUGCCCAAAUUGCAGAGGGAUGCCAAAAGGUAAUGAUAAAGAAUUUGGAGCAAGUGGUUGCAAUGGUCUUGAACUCAUUUCAAGAUCCCCACCCCCGUGUUAGGUGGGCAGCUAUCAAUGCUAUUGGCCAGUUAUCUACUGAUUUGGGCCCAGAUUUGCAAGUUAAAUACCAUCCACAGGUGCUGCCAGCACUUGCUGCAGCUAUGGACGAUUUUCAGAAUCCCAGAGUGCAGGCGCAUGCUGCUUCAGCAGUGCUCAACUUCAGUGAGAACUGCACUCCAGAUAUCUUAACCCCUUACUUGGAUGGGAUUGUAAGCAAGCUGCUUGUGCUUCUCCAGAAUGGGAAACAAAUGGUGCAAGAGGGGGCUUUGACAGCUUUGGCAUCAGUUGCUGAUUCAUCUCAGGAGCAUUUCCAAAAAUACUACGAUGCGGUUAUGCCUUACCUGAAAACCAUUCUGUUGAAUGCAACUGACAAAUCCAACCGCAUGCUACGUGCCAAAUCCAUGGAGUGCAUUAGUUUGGUUGGUAUGGCUGUCGGAAAGGAUAAGUUCAGGGAUGACGCCAAGCAGGUUAUGGAUGUGCUGAUGUCUUUGCAAGGAUCUCAACUGGAGACUGAUGAUCCAACCACAAGCUAUAUGCUACAAGCAUGGGCAAGACUCUGCAAGUGCUUGGGACAAGAUUUCCUCCCUUACAUGUCUGUUGUAAUGCCGCCCUUGCUCCAAUCUGCCCAACUUAAGCCAGAUGUAACUAUUACUUCUGCUGAUUCUGAUAAUGAUGGUGAAGACUCUGAUGAUGAAAGUAUGGAAACAAUUACUCUUGGGGACAAACGAAUUGGAAUCAAGACUAGCGUGUUGGAGGAAAAAGCUACAGCUUGUAAUAUGCUAUGUUGCUAUGCUGACGAGUUGAAGGAAGGAUUCUUUCCAUGGAUUGACCAGGUUGCUCCCACUUUAGUUCCACUUUUGAAAUUCUAUUUCCACGAAGAAGUUAGGAAAGCAGCUGUUUCAGCCAUGCCGGAGCUAUUGCGUUCAGCAAAAUUAGCUAUAGAGAAGGGGCUAGCUCAAGGUCGAAAUGAGACCUAUAUAAAACAAUUAUCUGAUUACAUAGUUCCAGCUCUGGUGGAAGCAUUGCAUAAGGAACCUGAUACAGAGAUCUGUGCAAGUAUGUUGGAUGCUUUAAAUGAAUGCUUACAGAUUUCUGGACCACUAUUGGAUGAAAAUCAGGUCAGAUCUAUCGUUGAUGAGAUAAAACAGGUCAUUACUGCUAGUUCAAGUAGAAAGAGGGAGAGGGCAGAAAGGGCCAAAGCAGAAGAUUUUGAUGCCGAAGAAAUAGAGCUGAUUAAGGAGGAAAAUGAACAAGAGGAAGAAGUAUUUGACCAAGUGGGUGAGAUAUUGGGGACUUUGAUUAAAACAUUCAAAGCCUCUUUCUUGCCUUUCUUCGAUGAGCUGUCAUCAUAUUUAACACCUAUGUGGGGCAAGGACAAGACAACUGAAGAGAGACGGAUAGCUAUAUGCAUAUUUGAUGAUGUUGCCGAGCAGUGUCGUGAAGCAGCUCUAAAAUAUUACAACACUUAUCUCCCGUUUGUAUUGGAGGCUUGCAAUGAUGAAAAUUCUGAUGUCAGACAGGCCGCUGUAUAUGGGCUUGGUGUGUGUGCAGAGUUUGGUGCAUCUGCGUUCAAACCUUUGGUUGGAGAGGCACUUUCAAGAUUGAAUGUUGUACUCCAGCAUCCUAAUGCCCUUCAAGCUGAAAAUCUGAUGGCGUAUGACAAUGCUGUGUCAGCUUUGGGAAAAAUUUGUGCUUUUCAUCGUGAGAGUAUUGAUGCAGCUCAGGUUGUUCCAGCGUGGUUGAAUUGCUUACCUAUAAAAGGUGACUUAAUUGAAGCUAAAGUUGUUCACGACCAGCUAUGUACAAUGGUGGAGAAGUCAGAUCAGGAACUUUUGGGUCCCAACAACCAAUAUCUUCCAAAAAUAGUUGCAAUUUUUGCAGAGGUUUUGUGUGCGGGCAAAGAGCUAGCAACAGAGCAAACUGCAAGCAGAAUGAUCAGUUUACUAAGGCAGCUCCAGCAGACCUUACCACCAUCGACCUUGGCCUCAACUUGGUCUUCCUUACAACCACAGCAACAACUUGCAUUGCAAUCCAUUCUCUCCUCAUAAUAUCUCUACAUCUGCAGUGGUGGCAUAUUUUUGCUGUUGGCUUAUUCAUCCCUUGGGUCUUGUAUUGUGUCAAAAUUAUUUUGUCACCGUUUCGUUUCGAUAAGAUGGUUCCCAACAUUCGUUAUUGCAUAAUGUUUUUUUUAUUACAGCAAGCCGGCGUCAUUGCUUGGAAGUCAUCGAUUCGAUUGGAAUGAUCUUUUUUGUAGAAUGUGUAUACUACAAGUGUUCAAUUUAUAGUGCGGUUUUGAGUACAAAAAAGAAAAAAAAACUGUUGGUUAGUUCAUGGUGGUUUGCAGAGUGGUUUUAAUUUUUUGGUCGGUCCAUCAUCGUCGUCCCCGUCCGUCCGUCGGUCUCGGUUGGUUGGUUGGUUGGUUGGUGCUUGAGUUGUGAGGGUUGUCACUACUUGUCAGUGAGAGGCAAUGAUUUGUAGCAGUUUUGUUUUCAUUGUUGUUUUCGCUAUACAACAUUACAUUAUGGGAAUUUGUUGACUAUAUUAUUUAUGGUGAUUCUCUCAAUUAGAUUUUCCAAAAUUUUGAUUCUCAUAAGCAAUAAAAAGGACCAUAUAUUUUUUGUUGUGUA